AUGCUGCAAGUAAGCACAGAAGAUGUAACGGUUCCGUGGGGACGUGCACCGGAUCCUCUGGACGUACAAACCGGCCGCUACCGCAUGGCUGUUUUCCAGGAUGUCGUAGAAAGUAUCGAUAAGAAACUGCUGUACUUUUUAUACGAUCCGGUAGCUGAUGAACAGUCGGGCACAUCGGGAGGAAGGAAAGGCGGACCUGGCAUCGUUGUUUUCGACGUCAACAGACGAUGCUUUACACAAGAAAUACCCCUUUACGUUAAUUCAGGUAAUCUGAAGUUCUUGUUUGGUUUGAAAUGCCCAUCGUCGGCUGGUGGAACUUCGGCCAUUGUUGUGACAGACGGUGGAGAAUACAAUCAGUCAGGAGUGAGGAUUACUUUGUGGUUACUUUUUUUUUUUCAGUUGCAUUUGUGGAAACUCAUCACGCUACGAGAAGAUGCACCAGAACUUGUUGUUUUAAGUGGACCUGGUUUAAAUGUAACAAGAAUAAACUGCUUAUCUGAUUAUCCCUCAUCUCCAGUUGGCUCUUUUUCGGUACCAGGAGCAGAUAUCGCACACUUUUACGAUGCUUUUGUCAGCCGCGGAAAAAUAUAUUUCGUUUCUUCGUCUCCAGAUGGGCACUUUGAUAAUACUCGGGUUCACUUCUUAAGUUUAGAAGGUGAUACAAGCAUACGUACAGAACAUUGUAAGCCUGAUCCCCAGCGUGGUAUGCCUUCAGCAAGGAAACAAAAAUCUUUAGGUUUUCUUUUGCUUGCUGGUGGUGAGAUCGAUUAUGGUGACUCGGUAGUGCGUUUAGUAGAUUACUGGGUAUUGAGUCUUGAGAGUUUCACAUGGAUGCAAAUUCCUGCUCAGAUGCCUAUACCACUUAUUGAACCACGCCUUACGGCAAAUAGCACAGGAACUGUUUACCUUUGGGGUGACUUUGACCAACCACUUCCUGGAAUGCCAGCUGGAACACACUUGCGCAUUUUGCGUUUAUCUGGUAUUAAUAUGAAUCCUCCAGCUUAUGAAGACGCUCUAAAACAGCCUAAGGUUGCUCCAAUAUCGUCUCUUUACCCAUCAACUGGAUCGGGUCUUAAUACUCCGUAUCCCGACCCACAGGGUGGUCCAGGUAUUAAUCAGGCUCAACCACCACCGUACGGAAUGCAGACCAGUGGGGUUCCAACCCCUUAUCCUCAGCAAGGCUUUGGUGGGCCAGGUCAGCAAGGUAUGCAGCCAACUCCUCCAGGACCAAUGCCCCCAAGUGGUUACCCGCAACAGUAUCCACCCCCCCAACAGCCAGGCUACCCACAACAACCUCAGCCGGGUUAUCCACAACAACCCCCGCAACCAGGUUACCCUCAGCAGCCUCCUCAACCGGGUUAUCAGUCAGCACAGUAUCCUCAGGCGCCACAGGCUCCAGUUGGACAGUACGCUCAUUAUCCUCCGGAAGAAAAGAAAGAGUGUGUUGUUCAAUGA